ACUGGGUUUCCCCAUGUUGCCCAGGCUGGUCUCAAACUCCUGGCCCCAGGUGAUCCGCCUACCUCGGCCUCCCAAAGUGCUGGAAUUACAGGCAUGAGCCACCGCACCCGGCCUGGAUUCUGCAUUUCUGACAGGCUUCUAGUCCAGGAACCGCAGGCUGAGUGUGGAUCCUCGCUGCACCGGGGGAGCUGAGCCACGGAAAAAGUUAGUUCUCCCAACUGCAGCUCGCCUCUUCCCUUCAAGCCCAGAAAGCCUCCUUUCACAUUUUCAGGGACAGACCUGGGAUGUGAAAUUUCAAACUCUGCCCUGAGUUAAAUUCCAGGAGGGGGUACAAGAGCAAAGGAUAAAGGCUGGGGGAGGGAGGGAAAGGCAGAGAGGACGUGUCCCUGCUGUUCUCACUGAAGCCAGGCCACACGACCCUCAGGGCCAGCCUGCUGAACUGUGCACACACAUCAUCCCCACACAAGGUCUCCUUGGCCCCAUCUUCCCAGGGACCUCGGGGGAGGGCAACAGAGGAGGUGACAAGUUUCUCUCUGAGCAGUUGAUGCUGGGAGAAACGUGUGGCUUGCAGAGCUGCCAGUCCCACAAAAACCACAUCCUGAAAGAUGGACCAAGUAGAAAAAAAGGCCACCAUCCACCUCAGGCCAGCUUCUGCAACUGUCAGUUCCUUUGGGGAAUGUCUGACAUGUUCUUUUUUCCUCUGAUUUCAUCCCAAACCUUUUGAGAAGCAGGUUGCGUGGCGUUGCACAAGUUACUUAGAUUUACUGAGCCUGUUUCCUCCUGCAAUAAAUGGGCACGAGCCUCCCUGGGCUGUUAAGGAAAUUCAAUCAGAAACUGUGUAAAGGCCCUGAGGCACUAAAGGCCAAUUUGGGUUCCCGACCUCCUUCCCACCGUCUGCCCUCCAUCCCAGGCACAAAACCAGAGAGAUGUAAGAGGGACCUAACGGUUACCCAGCCGGUCUGGCAUCUGACCAAGGUGGGCUAGUUGGGGUGAAAAUGCAUCUCUGUAUAUGAGUUGUUUCAUAUCUUUUGGCUUUAGUUUCCCCAGCCAUAAAAGUGUGUUUGGGGUGGGGGAGGAGCACUACGAUCUUCACAAGCCCUUUUAGACCUGGGGUGUUAACCUUACAUGAGAGAAAUGCCUGGAAGAAAAGCAUGGCUAGUUAGCAGGAACGCCGCGGGGUUGGAGGCCGGGCAGCUCGGAGGCGCAGUAUCCUAUCUGGGCCACCAGGCGGCUCCGAGGACAACAGAUGAGCAAAGCCCGCUUUUGCAGCCUGGUUCUGUCUUCGGAUCUUUCCAGGCUUCUUCGCAGGCCUGGCGGACACCAGCCGCUGCUGGGUGGGAAAGGCCUGUCACUCCCAGGCUGGAAUCGCUUUCCCAUUUUUACAGACCUCGAAGAUGAGAGGAGGCCGUCACCACAAUGGAGUCCGGCCCUGGGGUCUGAUGGAGACAUUGGUCCGCCCUUCGGUCAGACUCUUGGGGGCGUUGUUGGGAGGGGGGGGUCUCUGCUCUGCAACCCUUAGCUGAACCCCAUCCUCCACUUCUCUCCUCCCGUCUGGUCAGAGUGGGAAGUGGUUUGGAUUGGGAUCCCCCCUCCUGCACUUCCUGGCUGGGUAACCUGGACGAUGGGAUAACAGUCCCCCGAUUGCAAGGUCAGGGGAAGGACUGUGUCAGAAUAUAGGCCCUCAGUGCAGGACAGUUGCUCAUCCUAAGCCUCUCCUGCCUUUUGCUCUUCCAGUGGCUUUUCACCCAGAAGGAAGAUCCUCCCCUGCAGAACCUCUCCCCAGAACUAGGUCUUUGCAGGUGACGAGGUAAUCCCAGCCUCCCCUCCCCGCAGAUCAGCGUUUUUCGAAGUGACUUUCUCACCAGGCGGAGCAUUGAAAGUAGGGAUCCCAGCGCACCCAGCCCUGCUGAAUCAGAAUCUCUGGGGGUGAGGCCCAGGAAUCGCCGUCUGAACAAGUCGCGGGCUGGAAACGGCUGCCCCAGAUUACAGGGCAGCUCCCUGCUUCGCUCUCGCUCCUCCGGCCCCGGGAACGUGCAGGGGGGCGGGAGGCAAGUCCCAUCAGCACUUUGAACUGGGGCUGCUUUUUAGUGACUCACCUCCCAGACUUCCUGCAACAGACAACUCUAAAUAGCUCGGUCCCACCCUCCAGCAGGGGAGACAUUCCGGUCGGAAAGGGCAGGAGGUUAGAAGGUGGGUGCCCCGCCAGGGCAGUCCAGGGAGACCCAAGGACAGGAGACGCUGGCUGCACAGCACAGGGGCGCAGGAAUAGGACGUUUUGUUUACAGGCUUUUGUUAUUAAGGAAAUUGCUGUCAGUCAAGGUAAUUCUAGCUCAGAUGAGCAAUAAAUAUGCUCCCAGCUAAUCUUGUGGGGAUUUUAUUGGCACUCGGAGCAGAGGUUCCUUUACCUUGACUACUCCCUCCCCUCAAAGCAAAGUCCUGCUCCCCAGCGGCUUCCCCCUAAGCAUCGUGAGGCACUUGGGUCAGGCUUUUAAAGGUCCACUCUAAGUGAACACAGAAGAGGUCCGGGCAAAGGUGAGGAGUGGCUUCCUGAUCCUACCUGGAGGCCGGGGAUGACCAAAUGACCUGAAAUAAAACCCUGGGUGACCUGGUUGGAUCAAGGCAUACGCAAGCUCCCCCGGGCCUGCUCCACACGCAGGGGUGAUCACCUGGCCCGCGGGCGGCCCGGGCAAGGAGGAACGUCUCGAGAAGGCAGCCGGCUCGCCGGAGUCGGUUCCAGCGUGUUCGAGUUACAGCUGCGAGCCCUCAGGGACACCGGCGGCAAGUCCCGGCUUGCAGAGAGGGGAGCCAGUCCCGGGAGAGCGCGAGUCCCGGCGAGCCCGAGUGCGCGCCUUAUGCGCGCUCCCCGCGACGGCGCAGGGGGAGGGGAGGCCGCAGCAGCCACUCAGAGGAACGGUAGUGAAGCCUCCCAACAACUUUAACUGUCAAUCAGACUUAAUGGGGUAUUAAAAAAAUGGGGGAAAAAGGGGCCGCCCUCUCCGCGACGCGGCUGCCCGGGGAGCGAAUGAAUAGGGCCGCGCAGACCAAGGCGUCCGAUCCACGCGCGCUCCACACCCGGACUCUCUCCAAGUUGGAAAGGACAAAAAGAAGGCAAUAAAUGCUAAAAAGGGAGAGAAGGGGAGCUGGAUCGAGCGGCAACUCCCAGCCUCUGCUGGAACAGAGAGGGAGGGAGGGAGCCGGAGCGAGCGAGCGCGCGCGAGGGCGAGCGCUGCACGUAAAGAAACUGACACCCGGACCCCCCACUUCUCCUGCACGUUGCUGGCAAUCAGAUCGCGUUUAAGCAAUUUCCUGAGCCCAAGAAUAGCAAUGAGUCGGGAGACUUUCGCGGGCUGAAAUUGGGAGCUCCAAGCACUUUUUCCCCCUACUUUUUUUUUUUUUUUCUGGAGACGGGGUGGGGGUGGGGGCGCUACAAUUUGGAAUCAGCUUUUUUUUUUUUUUUUUUUAAUCUUGCACUUUGAAACCGCGGGACCGAGGCAGGGUGCGCGCGUGUGGUUGGUGCCUUUUUUUUUUUUUCUUCCCCUCCCUAAACUCCUCUGUCAGUCUGUAAACAUUACCUGAGAAUUCCCCAGCCGAAACGGCUGCUGGGGCAAGAAACUUCUUGUUAGAACUUUCCACCUCCGGCUUCCCCCUCCACCUCUUUUACCGUCCCAACCUUAGGAGACGCUUUUUCUCCCCCAGAGGAGAAUUUAUCUUUUUUUUUUUUUUUCUUUUUCUCACCCGGUGCUUUGCAUUUGGGAAGAGGUGAUUUCAAGAGUGGCCAGGUGGGACGCCUCUCUCCUCCUUAUUCGGUUUACUAUUUAUUGUUCGGGGUGUUUUUUAAUUCCUGUAUUGCUCGGCCCGGGGAGUUUCGCCCCCUGCCCGGCUCCGCGGCGCGGAGGAUGGUGUGGAAACGGCUGGGCGCGCUGGUGAUGUUCCCUCUACAGAUGAUCUAUCUGGUGGUGAAAGCAGCCGUCGGACUGGUGCUGCCCGCCAAGCUGCGGGACCUGUCGCGGGAGAACGUCCUCAUCACCGGCGGCGGGAGAGGCAUCGGGCGUCAGCUCGCCCGCGAGUUCGCGGAGCGCGGCGCCAGAAAGAUUGUUCUCUGGGGCCGGACUGAGAAAUGCCUGAAGGAGACGACGGAGGAGAUCCGGCAGAUGGGCACUGAGUGCCAUUACUUCAUCUGUGAUGUGGGCAACCGGGAGGAGGUGUACCAGACGGCCAAGGCUGUCCGGGAGAAGGUGGGUGACAUCACCAUCCUGGUGAACAAUGCCGCCGUGGUCCAUGGGAAGAGCCUAAUGGACAGUGACGAUGAUGCCCUCCUCAAGUCCCAACACAUCAACACCCUGGGCCAGUUCUGGACCACCAAGGCCUUCCUGCCACGUAUGCUGGAGCUGCAGAAUGGCCACAUCGUGUGCCUCAACUCCGUGCUGGCACUGUCUGCCAUCCCCGGUGCCAUCGACUACUGCACAUCCAAAGCGUCAGCCUUCGCCUUCAUGGAGAGCCUGACCCUGGGGCUGCUGGACUGUCCGGGAGUCAGCGCCACCACAGUGCUGCCCUUCCACACCAGCACUGAGAUGUUCCAGGGCAUGAGAGUCAGGUUUCCCAACCUCUUUCCCCCACUGAAGCCGGAGACGGUGGCCCGGAGGACAGUGGAAGCUGUGCAGCUCAACCAGGCCCUCCUCCUCCUCCCAUGGACAAUGCAUGCCCUCGUUAUCUUGAAAAGCAUACUUCCACAGGCUGCACUCGAGGAGAUCCACAAAUUCUCAGGAACCUACACCUGCAUGAACACUUUCAAAGGGCGGACAUAGAGACAGGAUGAAGACAUGCUUGAGGAGCCACGGAGUUUGGGGGCCACAGCACCUGGGCACACACCCGAGCACCUGUCCAUUGGCAUGCUUCUGCUGGGUGAGCAGGACAGUUCCUGUCCCCAGCGAAGAAUCCGGCUGCCCCUGGGCCAGUCCCAGGACCUUUGCACAGGACUGAUGGGUGUAACUGACCCCCACAGGGAGGCAGGAAAACAGCCACAAGCCACCUUGACACUUUUGUACAUUUCCAAUUCUGUAGAGUUUAUUGUCAAUUGCUUCUCAAGUCUAACCAGCCUCAGCAGUGUGCAUAGACCAUUUCCAGGAGGGUCUGUCCCCAGAUGCUCUGCCUCCCGUUCCAAAACCCACUCAUCCUCAGCUUGCACAAACUGGUUGAACGGCAGGAAUGAAAAAUAAAGAGAGAUGGCUUUUGUGA